UAUAAGGUAGGUCAGUAAGGACGCAAAAGCACAUCCGUGUUUUUUGCUCCUUCAGCUCUUUUUUCUGAUUCUUCUUGGGGGAAAAUCUAAAACGGUGGACCAUGAGCAUCACAGAUGUCCUCAGUGCGGAAGACAUUGCGGCCGCCCUGCAGGAGUGCCAAGACCCAGAUACUUUUGAGCCCCAAAAAUUCUUCCAGACAUCAGGCCUCUCCAAGAUGUCAGCCAGUCAGGUGAAGGAUGUCUUUCGGUUCAUAGACAACGACCAGAGUGGAUACCUGGAUGAAGAAGAGCUUAAGUUUUUCCUCCAGAAGUUUGAGAGCGGUGCUAGAGAGCUGACCGAGACAGAGACCAAGUCCCUGAUGGCGGCCGCAGAUAACGACGGAGAUGGAAAAAUUGGGGCUGACGAAUUCCAGGAAAUGGUACAUUCUUAAAGAGCCCAGACUAUGGAGAUAGACACAAUCAGCUGGAAGGCCUCCAAAACCCCAGGAAAAUGGGAAACCCCACCUCUUCCCCGAUAUUUAUUUAUUAAUUCCCCCUGGAAUGCUCCUGCGACUCGCUCGGUGUUUAGUGAGGUAAUAGACUUUAGUCGUUCAUGACUUUCCGGUGGUGGGUAUGCCCUGACGACUCCCAUAAGGCCCCCAGCAGAAAUGCCUUUAAAAAUCACCUAAUAAAGACACGUUUCUCAUCA